AAGCCCCCGUCUCUCAAGCAGUGGGCAGUUUCGUUUGUGCCACGACCACCGUUGUCCUCCCAUGGCGAAGCUUUGCUAUCGCUUCAGCUUCAUCCAUGAAGAGCCAGCCUUUAGAGAUUCGCAUCGAGCUCAGCGAGGUCAGAGCUGUCCCGAGCUGUCAGAGAUCGAAUGGCGCUGGCCCGAAUGGCAGAGCCACAUCCAGGUGAGGAAGUUGUACCAACGGUCACAACAUGUGAGGGAUCAGAUGCAACGCGCAUUGGUAUUUCCAAAGCCAGGCAUCUCGCACGGCAGCCACGAACAUCCAGAGGUUUGCAACCGGUCAUGCAUCCUAUUUCUUCAUGGAAAGUGUCAAGAGGAUGCCGAAUGUGGCUUUUGCCAUGCUUCCCACCAACAGCGAGCAGUCAGCUUCAAUCAGGGUCAACGGAGGAUUGUGAGCUCAUGGUCCAAAGUGAGAUUGCUUGAAGUGGUCCUUCCAUAUUUGUGGAUCAAAGUAGAGGCAAGCAAUCAUCCAGGAGCAACCGUCCUUCUGGACCUCGUGGAGCGCGAGCUGGCCAUCCGUCGAAUCCAUGAUCACAGUAUCACCAAUGAGUCCCGAGUCCCUGGCCAGAUCGGACAUACUCUCGCUUGUAUGACUCUUUCGGCCUUGGUGGGCGUCAUUUGUAUGAAGAAAGGUGAGGCUCCUUUCUUCCGGCUCCUGAAGAAGGCCUUGAUCGACUUUCGUCGGCAGGUGGGAGGAUUUGAUCCUUGAUGAGUUUCCUUGUUUCAAUUUUGGCAGAGGCAGACACUGUGAGUUGAACAGUGCAAGAAAUGGCACUUGUUCACUCCCAACAAACAGGUACUUGAGAGGCUGUACCUGGGCCUUCUCCGGCCAAAUUAGGCACUUCAAGGACAGGCUUUUUGAUACAUAGCUACUUUAACCACUGAUGGCAAAUUCACCAGCUAGACCCUUUCCAAAAAAAAAGCUGCAGGGCGGUGGGGUGCUACUGCCCCUUGCAGAAUAUUGAGUGGACUUCCACUGGUUUUGCCAAAGCGCUGGAGUGGAUUGACCGACGUUGAGGAUAGCCUUACAAGGUCAUCUAUGUGGCAAGAAUCUUGAGCACAGUUUGUGCUUAUUGUUUGAAAAGCCACUCAUUCUUUGUGUUCACCUCGCAAGUAGAGCAUGUCUUCUUGGUUCAAGUAGACUCCUGUGUUCAAACAACCUGUGGGAGUCCGAGACCACCAGACAAAACGUUCCGGAGCAGUUCUCAUUCAAUGAUCAGAGCUGUGCC